ACAUAACUGCAAAAUAAUGGGGUUUGUCUUAGAAGAGUUAUUAAAUAAGUUUGGUCUUUGAAACUCUAUAGUCUUGAAACACAAGGUUUGGUAAAUGUUUUUACAAUGAAAAGCAAUGCCAGGUCUCAAAUCUCAUUUGACAAGUUUUUCCUUACAAGUUGAGCAACCCCCAGUUAGUUAUUUAACAAAAGCCUCAGCAACCUCAGAUAGAAUAUUAUGUGUUUGUUUUAGAUAUUUGUUUCAUGAAUUUCACUUGUAGAACUUUUCUUAAUGUGGAUUCAUUCUUUUCACAGUUGCUGCUGCCCAAGCCAUAGCAGAAGAAAGAAGAAGCCAAAGUGGCAUUAGCCCUCUUACAGUCCAGACCUCAAUAAAGACAGCAACUAAACCAGUGAUAGAUGGUUCCAUGCUAAGAACAGAAGAAAGGCAAAGACUGGCCAGGGAGCGUAGAGAAGAGCGGGAAAAGCAACAUGCUGCCAAAGAGACACAAAUCCUUGAAAAGGAGAGAAAAGCAAAACUCCAAUAUGAAAAACAGUUAGAAGAAAGACAGAGAAAGCUAAAAGAAAUGAAGCAAAAAGAGGAACAACGGAGGGCAGCAGUAGAAGAAAAGAGGAAACAAAAAAUAGAGGAGGAAAAGGAGCGCUAUGAAGCCGUUCUGCAUCGCACCUUGGAGCGGAGUCAGCGGCUGGAAACUCGACAGAAGAGAUGGUCAUGGGGGGGCUCUGUAACUCCAGACUCAGAAGGCAAAACAGAACAACAGAGCACAGAUGAAGGUGGAACUGGUGCCAGCAAACGCUCGCCCUCCACAGCCAGCCUGAGACAGGCAGAGGCUGCCGUGAGCAAAGGGCUGGCGUCCUCUGGAGCUCUUUCAAAUGCCUCAGAUCGAAGUACCACAAAGAGAAGUGCCUCAUUAAACAGACUGAAUAACAAAGUCCCUCCACAUUCCCAGCAGUCAGCACCCAAAGGUUCGCAGGUGGAACAGAAAGGAGGAACAGAAAAGAAGAGGAGCACAUCUUUGAGUAGAAUGAGUAGUAAACCCCAAUCCUCUCCAGAGAUAGAAAAAGUGAAAAAGGAAGAAAAACCAGCUCGUCGCUCCCAGCUCAGUCCCCUGGACAGUAGCGUAAUCAGCCGCCUCCUGGCCCCCACACAGGCCUCUCUAGCUAGGAGUAAAAGUGCUGCUACCUUGUCGGCUGAUGGACAGGACCCCUCAGCUUCAGCCAGUUCCAUCAGUUCCCCAGUCCCAGCUCCUAAAGUGCCGGUGCGCAGCCGUAGCAUCGACAGGUUGAAGUCCUCUGUGUCUUCAUCUGAUGCAAGUUCACCUGAUUCAACCCAGAAAUCAGAGACAGAAAAACCAUCCCCAGGUUCUGGUCUGAGGCGUCCUCCCUCACCAUCCAUGUCUGCCCGUAGAAGAUCCCCCUCUCCAGCUAAUUUGGUGAAGCGUCCUCCGUCCCCUUCUGCAGUCAGACAGAAGACUCGCCCACCUUCACCUGGUGUGUCAAAACAAAGGCCACCAUCUCCUACUCCAGUCUCUAAAUCAGCACCCAUCCAGCGUCCAUCUCUCACACCAGGUGUUAUAAACAUUACCAAAAAGAAAACUGAAGCAGAGAGCAAACCAAAGGAUAAGAGCACAGAAGGAAUAGGACAAGAACAAGGUGCUUCCCCAGCCUUGGAGAGGGAUGCAGGAGCAGCUAGCACAAAGACCAAAGAAGAAUCAGGUAGCAAAACAGUAGCAGGGACCACCACAGCUGAAGAAGCUGCUAAAAUCUUGACCGAGAAGCGACGUCUGGCCCGGGAGCAAAGAGAACGUGAAGACCAAGAAAGAAUUCAGAGACAAGAAGAAGAAAGAAUAAGAGAAGAAGAAAUGGCCAGGAGAGCAGCUGAGGAAAAAGCACGACGGGAGGAGGAGCUGCGGAAGCAGGAGGAGGAAAAGAGAGUGAGUUCCGAAGAGCAGCAAAGACAAGCUGAGGAGGAGAGGAUCCGCCGGGAACAGGAAGAGCAGGAAAAACUGGCAGAGCUUCAGCAGCAGAGAGAAGAAGCUGAAGCAAAAGCUCAAGAAGAGGCUGAAAGACAGCGACUGGAAAGAGAGAGGAUUAUGCAGCAAAAUAUGCAGGAAAGGCUUGAAAGAAAAAAGAGAAUUGAAGAAAUAAUGAAAAGAACACGAAAAUCAGAUCAAAAUGAAUCCAAGUUGCAGAAUGAAGGCAAGUCUGCCUCGGAGGUGAUGGAGGGAGAGGAUAUUGAAGAGGAGGAAGAGUUGGGUCUUGAGAAGACUGAUCAGCCAGGAAAGCUAAAUGGUGUUGACUUGCUCCAGGAAGUCAAGGGGGAGGCAGAGGAUUGUUUAGAGACUGCACAAAGCAUGAUCUCUGCAGAAUCUGAGGCACAAGAUGAGUCAGAAUUGAAGACCAGUGACGUGUUCAUGAAUGGAAGUGACUUGAAAAGUGAUGAGGGGUCUCUGUCUGUUACUGACCUAAAGGAUUCCAGCCAUCCUGCAAAAGAAAUGGUUCUCGAUGACUCGGGGAAGUUGGGUGUUCAUGAAGCUGAUCACACAAUUGGACUUAUUCAGAAUCUUAAUGGAAAAUCUGGUUCAUGGACUUUUGAGGAGUUCAUUGACGUUGGAGUACAUUCCAAGUCAACCAAACUGAGCUCGGACAGCAUCUCUGCUGGUAACUGUAAUCAAAACUUGAAUGAUGCUGCUACAAUACCUUCUAGUCCCAAAUUGGCUUUUGAGGAAGAUGGUGCAGUGAAUUCAUUGACCAAACCUAUAGAUGCUUCAUCAGGUAAUCCAAGCUGACUUCCCUGUCUCUUCCCCUGGCUAGGCAAUUCACUUCCUUGCGUUUUGCUCUCCUUGCCUUAACUACAGCUUCUUAUUUUCAAGGCACUUUUUCCAAUGUGUAGACUGGAGGGAAGGCUCUUUAGUGCUUUUAACUUGAAUUCUGUCAAAAGGAGUCACCAACUGAUGCCUUUUUAGGGACUUGAUAAGGCCCAACAUUAAGGUUCUUCCAAAGACACAGCUGAGCCCUUGUGAAGUUCCAAACAGCAUUGAAGCUCCUAUGUUAUAAUUAAAGGUUUUUCUGAGAUAUGUUAAAUGGCACAUGUUACUUUUGAAGAUACAGAAUAGUUUAAAAGGUGUCUGAUGUAACUCCACUCCUAGGCAUGUUCUGUUUUUGAUGCUGACCUGUGUGGUCUUACAAGGUCUUUUCAGACUCUUAGCAGUGUAUUAGCUGUCCUCUCAUUCACUGGAGAACAGUUUUUCACUUCUCUGAGGCAAGUAACACCAACCUGAAAUUCCACAGAUGGUUGUGUUACAUUUUGGGAGGAAUAAUAAAGCUGUACACACACUAAAUAUUCUGAAUUUUCUGUAAGAGGCAGGGCUGUAUCUCAAGCCACACAUACUUGAGAUGCAGUACAGUGCAUAGGGUGUCAGAGAAGCUUCUGGAAGCCAGUUUAUGUAAGGCUGGACUUCUCUGGUGUUGGAGCCAAACCCCAAAGGGCCGUUUUCACAGGACAUCUCUUUCCAUGGGAUAAAUGACUGUGUGAUCAGUUGAAGUGAAUGCUAGUGGAAAAACAAGCCUUGCUAUCCACAUUUCCUUCCAGUGAUGUGUAGCACUUUUUUUGAUUAAAGUGUAGCACUUUUCUAGACUGAACUGUUUCCUGAGUCUCCUCUGUCACUCUGCGUCUUGUGAAUUUUAGUUCCGUGGGCACACCCUGAUGGAGGCUUCCCUUGAGGCCACAGCAGACUGGGCCAUGGGAAUGGACAAAUUUAUUGUGAUUCUGCUGAUCACUUUUUGUUGUGAUCAGUCUCAUUAACUUUUUAGUGAAGGAAGUGUGGCCUUUUAAUUUUGAACUUGAAAAUUUUUAGACAUAAUACAGUUUAAGAAUUCUGUACAUAACUUUGAAAACUAAUAUUCCUGUAAAAAGAAGGAAAACCUUCUGUGCUGGUUUUGGACUGUGAGUGACCAAGUGGUUCUGUGCUCACUCCUGGAUGUAGACUGACAGUGAUGAUGGAUGCAUGUGGCAUACACACAGUUAUGAUGGUUAAAUGUUUUCUUCUCUUUGCUCUUUGGACAGAACUGUGAACACUAGAGACCUGGAAAUAAUCUGAUUGCACUUCAGUAAUCCAGUGUUUUCUCAAGUACCGAAGGCCUUGUUUUGAAAAGCUGCUUGUUUACCUUUAUCCAUCUUCAAGUUUGCAAAAAACACCAGGGGAGGGAUGACAAACUUAAUUUGCACCUUGAAACAUUUCAGGGAAACUAAACUGUUGUGCUAAUGUUCUUUUUUCGUUGAUUUUGCUAAUUGUUAGAUAAGGUUUCCUAGUUGAAAUAUUCCUUGUUUCCCCUUUGCAGACUUUACAGUAACCUGAUUGAGUCUUUUUUUUUCUUCAUACCAGUAUCAUGUAGAACAUGCCACUGGAGGCUCGCCAUUUA